CCGAAAGGACGAAAAGAACGGCGGCUUUCAAUCCAAACCUUCCGCAUACCAGAGAACGCGAAGGCAAGCUUGACCUUCUCCGGUCCCACAUGCCUACGCUGUUCCUGCAUGUGCAUGCUUUUAAAGUUUACGAUGUCAUUGUUGACACUUAUUUUCUCCAAUUUCUAAUUUAUUACUAUGAAUUUCUGUUGCUGGAAUUUAUCAUCGCGUCUAAGCUGAUAUUUAGGCCAAUUCCUAUCUAAGUUAUCAAGUUGGAAAUUACCUAAGUAUUCGCAAACAUGUCGUUCGAUGGAUCCUAUACCGCAACAUUGAGUCCUACGGCAUCCGAUAAUUUUGGAUCGCAUGUCCUUUCGAACUCGAUAUCCUCAUUAGCAUCUACAACCUCUUCCCGUCCCUCAUCAAGCAACAUCUCAAAGACCUACCGUCAGGCAUCACAAUUAUUCUUGACGCGUCGACUGCCAGAGGCAUUAUCAACAGUCUUGCCGUUGAUUACCCCAUCGACCGAAAAUGCAGAUGUAAAUGGGCUAAGCGAACCGGCACCCGUCGUUCGAGCCUCGAGGUCUACGAGGAUAAAAGUCUGGAGCUUAUAUCUGACUAUCCUGAAUGCCAUAUUAGAGCUGGAUCCCGACGAAGGAAAAGAGGCCUUUGGCACCCAAGAGUGGCGAGCUCUGUGCAAGAAGGUUCGGGAUGGCGAUGUCUGGGAAGAGGUCGUACAGUUUGGAUAUCAUGGCGUUGAGGGGGAGGUCGAUUCGGAUGUGGUCAUAAAUUUGGCUACACUUCUUCUCGCACAUGCCAAGUCACAGGCGGUGAAUCAGAAACGGCUAGAAAACUAUCUAGCCUCGUCGACUACACCGAAUCUCGAUAUAUCCCAGAGACUUGAGGAGACCAAAACUUCGCGGUUGUCGUCGAGGAGAAGGUCGCCAUCUAAGGGUGUUGCUAGCGGUGCUGAUACCCCUAGAGAUCUCAAUGCUAGAGUUAAAAUCUUGGAGCUCUACACUCUACAUGUCUUGCUACGCAAUAACGAGUGGGACUAUGCGAGGGAAUUUAUUAGCGUCAGCGCGGUCCUAGAUGACGAACGAAGAGAGGCUUUCUUGCAAGCCCUCCAAAGUCUGCAAGAAGAGCAGCAGGAAUCAGAUCGUAGACAGCGCGAAGAACAGCAAAAGCAGGAAGAGCAGCUGCAGAAAGAUAUUGAGGAGCAAAGGAGACUCAGAGCAGAGAAUGAGGCGAGAGAGCGACGCCGAUUGGAUGAAGAAAGAGCCAAGCGAGAAGGCAGCGAGGUCGACUACGGCAUCGAAAACAGCCAGAGUGCCCCUCGCUCGAAGAACAAACCUCGAACCUCCAGUGGAUCCUCUGCUUUAUCGAGAGCAGCCAAGUCGUCUGUCCCUAAAGGGAAGAAGGCCGUAGCGCCCCCGAGUUUUGGUGCACGAGCUGCAGUGGUUAUUAUGAAUUUUCGUAAGGUUAUUGAGCAGAUGGGGGCUACGCUUAAAGCUAACCCUAUGUUGCUCAUGAGAUUGAUCGCUUUCGUCGUUAGUAUUAUUGUUAUGUUUGGUAGGAAGGGCAUUCGUGAGCGGAUUCAGCAGAUUAUCGGAACAGGUUGGAAUAAGGUCAAAACAACAGCGGGUAUGGGCGUUAAGGUCAGCUACAUCUAAUUUAUUUGGUGGGCUCAUAAUCGAGGCAUUCUGUCCAUCAACUUCUUGCAGAUAAUAAUCACUCGGAAACAGUCGGGCAGCAGCAUCCUUACGUAGUUUGACGCUACACAGAUCGCAUG